AUGCAUCAAAUGUUUGUGGAUCAUACUUUGUGGGUGAAGGAACCUGGCAUUUCUGACCAUGGUGUUUUGUGGUUGCAGGACAAGGUGCCAAAGAAGGUGAAGAAGUAUGAGUUCAAAUUCCAGAAUCUGGUAAUUGAAAUGGAUGGUUACAAGGAGAGAGUCCAGCAGAGUUGGGGGCUGCAUGAGCAGGGCACUAAGCAGUAUGUUGUGUGGCAAAAGCUGCUUAGACUCCAAAAAGUUAUAAAAAGUUGUAGCAAGCCUAUCAUUGGGCUUUCUAGACAGAUUGAGGAGGCCAUGAGAAAUCUUAGUAAAGCUCAAGAAAACCUCAUGAGAAACAGAUUCAACACAAAGGAGAUAGACACAAUGAAGCAGCGGAUGGCUGAAAUCAACAAGCUUCAAACCUGGGAGGAAAAAGCUCUGAGUCAGCGUGCUAAAAUUAAUUGGCUGCGCCUUGGUGAUGGGAACAAUAAUUAUUUUCAUGCCCAUCUGAAGAGCAAAUGGCACAAAAGUACUAUCAGUGAGCUUAUUAAAGAGGAUGGUUCCAAAGUGACUAGUCAUGAAGAGAUGGAAGCUGAGAUUCUGAGAUUCUACAAGGAGUUGGUUGGCACUACUCCUACUAGCAUCAAGAAGAUUGAUAUUGUGGCCAUGCGUAAUGGGCGACAAUUGACUAAAGCCCAAGGUGAUGUCCUUACGAAAAAGAUAGAAGAUAAAGAGAUUUGGUACAAGAUUAAUGGGCAAACUACUAAAGUUUUGAGUGCUAGGAGGGGGCUGCGGCAGGGAGACCCAAUAUCCCCCAUGCUGUUUGUUUUGGUUAUGGAGUACCUCCAUCGGUUAACGGACAAGCUGCAGAAUAACACCAGGUUCCAAUUUCAUUCUCGUUGUGAUAAAAUCAAGAUUGUUGAGUUGAGCUUUGCUGAUGACCUCUUAAUGUUUGCUAGAGGGGAUUCUCAAUCGUUUUAA